CAAGGCGGAAGUCGAGCUGGCUGCCUCAACUCUCUUCCAGCGAUGGAGCAGGGGGAGUAGGGACCGAGAACCACCGAAACACCGGAUAACCUCCUCCAAACAGUCGCUACGGGGGGACGCGGAGACCUCCCUCUCACCCAGUGAGUACGGCCUGUCUAAAGUAUUCCCAGAGUAAUUGGACGAAGGCGUCUACAGUGGAGCUGUUUACGGAAGACAGACGGAGGAAUGCGACGUGCUAAUUGGCUGUCUCGCAUGCUCUGAACACCUGUGUGUAACAGAAGGCCGACAAACAUGUUGUCACUGAAAGAUACUGUUCAGCUGCGACCCUGAUGAAGCCGGUUAAAACAGUGUACACUCCCUCUCCCAUGUCCAUUAUCUCAGGGUAUAAUUCAGAGCCGGAACGUGGUGGUCCUGAUGAUUCCAGUUCCAUGAAUUCCCUACGGAUCUCCGUGCAAGGCCUUCCUGCCCUGGCCUUCAUGGCCGGCGCCACCUCUGACCCCCGCUUCCGCCUAAAAUGGAGGGCCAUCACCGUGGCAACACUCAUUGCCCUCGCCCUGCUGUUCUACCUGCACCAGACAACGGGGGUCGGAACUGGCGGCAAUGACGUCUUCGGCGUCUCCUCUGACCGCUUCCAUCACCACGGUAACGGGGCACAAAGCUGGUGGACGAACAAUGACAAGGAAAUAAACACUAAUGGUAACCGUCAACCGGUGGCUGCAGUGGGGAACAACGGCGGUGUCAACUGGAAUAAUAAACACUACAACGACACAUAUCCUCUCAGUCCCCCGGAGAGGAUGGCGUCCGGGAGCAUCCGGUACCGUAUUGGGGUGAUCUCAGACUUGGACACGGCCUCAAUGAGCACCCAGGGUCAGACGUGGUUCAGCGUCAUGCGGAGGGGCCACCUGGUGGUGUCUGAGAGUGGGGACAGAGUGGAGGUGGAGUGGGACGCAGACAGCCUGACCCUGGAGAGCCACCUGGCUGAGAAGGGACGAGGUAUGGAGCUGUCGGAGCUAGUUGCGUUCAACGGUCACCUGUACAGCGUGGACGACCGUACAGGAGUUGUCUACAGGAUAGAGGGGAACCAGGCGGUACCCUGGGUUAUACUGACUGAUGGAGACGGGUCUGUCUCAAAAGGGUUCAAGGCAGAGUGGCUGGCGGUGAAGGAUGAGUGCCUCUACGUGGGUGGUCUGGGUAAAGAGUGGACGACCACUACCGGAGAGUUCAUCAACGACAACCCCCAAUGGAUCAAGGUGGUGGGUUACCGCGGCAACGUGCAACACGAGAACUGGGUACCGCGUUACAACGCCCUGCGCAGCGCAGCCGGGAUUCAACCGCCAGGUUACCUGAUCCAUGAGUCUGCAGCGUGGUCCGACCGCCUCCAGCGCUGGUUCUUCCUCCCCCGCCGCGCCAGCUCCGAACGCUACGAUGAGAUCGCCGACGAGCACCGCGCCACCAACCUCCUUCUCUCCUGCCCCUCGGACUUCCGCGAAGUCACCGUGGGGCACGCUGGACCCCUCCACCCAACGCACGGUUUCUCCUCGUUCAAGUUCGUACCGGACACAGACGAUCAGAUCGUAGUAGCGUUGAAGUCGGAGGAGGACGCAGGGAAGAUAGCGACGUAUAUCCUGGCCUUUACUUUAGACGGGAGGAUGCUACUGCCAGAGACGAAGAUAGGAGACCUGAAGUAUGAAGGACUGGAGUUCAUUUAAAAUGGAUGGGGAGGAAAGAGAGGAGGGAUGGAGAGAUCCUGAGGAGAGACGAGGGAUCCUUAGGAGAGACUGGAGAGAGGGUUGUUUUUUAGGACUUACCAACAUCACCUACCUGUGAAGUAGUGUGAUGAGGUAAGAGGACUCUGUUCCAGAAAGGUCCCAGUCAUCACCAACAAGGUUGUCCAGAGAAAGGACUAGUGUUUGGUGACGGACACCCUAAGAUUCUUCACAUGGGCAACUUCCUGGCCCCCCAAAGGAUUCUGGGUAAUAUAGUCCACUAAGUUUGGGUUUAAACAGACAGCCCAAUUCUGAUGUUUUUACCAAUCAGAUCUGACUGGUCAAAAUAAUUGGCUGCAUCUCUAAACGCAGCCUAAGAAGAUCUAUGGUUGAACAGUGGUCAAACGCUCACAGGGUUGUGUUCAGUAGGCACAAAUCGGAAUGAAACGUUUUAAAACUGAGCAUUAAUUACCUUAAGUUUUCCGUUAUAAUGUAUUUAUCUUUUUACGUUUGUGCCUUCUGAAGACCCUUGUUAACACUAACUCACAAAUGCAAAACUUAGAUGACGUUGGGUUUGUCAACAUUUGCCAUAUGUUGAACAGACUACUGAAUAAGAUGCAUGAUCUUCUCACACCAGCUGUUAUGUUAAUAACUUGUUUUCUCUCUUCCUUUUAAAACAGAACAGCUCAGAUUAAAAUGUUCAUUCUGGU